AUUUGCUCGUCGCGUUAUCUCUUCAUUGAUUCACUCCUUAUCUUUUGUAACCAGCUCUGCCAUGGCUGUGGCCUCUGCUUCAUCUCUAGUGCUCCCCAUAAACCCUAAAACCCUAUCCUCGUCCAAUUCCAGGCUUGCUUCGCCGUCUCUAUUUUUCCCAUCUCAGAAGUUCUAUGCCGGACCCAUUUCCGUUUCUCCUCUCUUCGCCUCUCCUGCUCGGCAUUUCGAGUCCUUACCCAGGUCUUCUCGGUUUGUCCGCAACGUCGCUGUUUCGUCAGAGUACGAACAAGAUGAGGAGGAGCCUCCCAGUUUCUCUCCCGACCUGAAACUCUUUGUGGGUAAUCUCCCGUUUAGUGUAGAUAGCGCUCAGCUCGCCAGCUUGUUUGAGAACGUUGGAAAUGUUGAGAUGGUUAUUUAUGACAAGGUAACAGGGAGAAGCCGCGGAUUUGGUUUCGUCACAAUGUCAACUGCUGAGGAAGUUGCAGCUGCUGCUCAACAGUUAAAUGGCUAUGAAUUGGAAGGCAGGCCACUGAGGGUAAAUUCUGGACCUCCUCCACAAAGGGAAAAUUCCUCCUUUAGAGGGGCCAGAGGUGGUACAACCUAUGAUGAAUCAAAUCGUGUUUAUGUGGGUAACCUUGCAUGGGGUGUUGAUGACUUGGCACUUCAGACCUUGUUCAGUGAGCAAGGUAAGGUUGUGGAAGCCAGAGUGGUUUAUGACAGAGAUAGUGGAAGAUCAAGGGGCUUUGGUUUUGUAACUUACAGUUCUGCCGAAGAGGUCAACAGUGCCAUUGAAUCCUUGAACGGUGUUGAUUUGGCUGGAAGAGCAAUCCGGGUCUCUGUUGCAGAAUCUAGGCCAAGGCGUUCGUUUUGAGAAUCAAUUCUUCUGCUUCUUUUACGGGGGGAUAAUUCUUCAGGAGGAACUGGAAUAUACACCUGCAGCCUAUUCCUCUUUUUGAAUUCUGCAAACAUGAGAUUCACACCAGCUGCACUGGAAAGCCAUCAUCUGCUCUCUUCGACAUCUGCCCUAGAUUAUUCGAAAGAGCUGAUUAAAUCUUUAUUUUCUUUUAACGAUGAUUAAAUCUUUAUUAGAUACUCUAUUUAUGUUUUGAAUGCCAUGAUUCAGUAACUGAUAAAUAGCUUAUUCUUCU